AUGUUUGGGCUUCCGCUUCCAACCUCUCUUCAGAGGUCCCUUGAUUCUACGAAGGUUCAAUAUACCCAAGUGGGAGCUUCUGGCCUUCGAGUAUCAUGGCCAGUCCUGGGGGCUAUGUCCUUUGGACAACCUCAGGCAUUUGCCCCGUGGGUUUUGAACGAAGAGGUCUCGCUUGAAGUGUUGAAGGCUGCCUAUGAUUGCGGGAUCAAUACCUGGGAUACUUCGAACGUCUAUUCAAACGGCCUUAGCGAGGAAAUUAUUGGAAAAGCAAUGAAAAAAUUCGAAAUUCCUCGCCAGAAGCUGGUCAUUAUGACAAAGUGUGCUUUCCACGUGGGGGAGGAGAUCGAUGUCUUCGGGGCCGCCUUUGUUGAGCAGAUGAACCAGUGCAAGGACUACGUGAAUCAAGGAGGGUUGACUCGAAUUGGCAUUUUCAACGCCGUUGAGAGCUCUCUCGAACGCUUGGGGACUACAUAUAUUGAUUUACUGCAAAUCCAGCGAUAUGACCCUUUGACUCCGCCAGAGGAAACAAUGAAAGCAUUGCAUGACCUUGUUCAAAUGGGAAAAGUGCGCUACAUUGGAGCAAGCUCAAUGUGGGCAACACAGUUUGCAGAAAUGCAAUUCAUCGCGGAGAAGAAUGGCUGGACCAAGUUUGUCAGUAUGCAAAACUACUACAAUCUUUGCUAUCGUGAGGAGGAGCGGGAAAUGAUCCGCUUUUGCAAAGAAACUGGUGUGGGUAUCAUUCCAUGGUCCCCUCUCUAUGCAGGAAGAUUGGCACGUCCCCUGGGUCACGAUGCCUCAUUGCGUUCUAAGCGACCCUCCCCACAUCAUCCUACGGUCACUCCAGCCGACGAAGAAAUUAUUCGUAGGGUCGAGCAUAUGGCAGGGAAAAAAGGAUGGAAAAUGAGCCAUGUGGCUCUGGCUUGGCAAAAAAGCAAAGGGACGGUGCCUAUUGUUGGUUGUACCUCGGUCGAGAGAAUUGAAGACCUCUGUGAUCUACGGGAUAAGUUUUUGACAAAGGAGGAGAUUAAUUAUCUAGAAGAUCCUUAUGUACCAAAGCCUGUGGCUGGACACUAUUAG